UCUAUCAUCUGGAAUAAAACCAGAAACUGAAACUUCAUCACUUUUAGGUAAUAUGAUGAAAUAAAAAACAUGUUCAUGAGGAAAUAUUUUGGGGUCCCAGUAAAGACACACCACACGAACAGCAGCGACUGAAACCGUCCUUUGCCAGCGGAAGCAGAGUCACUCUGAUAUCUGAUCAAACUGGUGCUUCUCAACAGAGCUCCUCACCACAUCCAUGGCUUUAAUCAGUGUGUGACCUUCUCUGCAACCGCAUUUCUGUCUUCUGCAAAUACACACGCAGGUUGAAAUGGCUGCUGAGAACUUUACCUCGGGUCCCACCGAAGCCCCUCCGAACGGCAGCAGCUGUGACGUCUUCGUCUACCAGAGGGCCGCGGUGGUCCUCUUCCCUAUUUUCUACUCCGUCGUUUUUAUCAUCAGCGUGUGUGGGAACUGCCUGGUGCUCUGUGUCAUCUGCCAGAGGAAGCAGAAGUUCAACUCCACGUCGAUCUACUUGGUGAACCUCGCGCUGUCCGACGCUCUUUUCACGCUGGCGUUGCCAGGCAGAAUCACCUACUAUAUCCGUCACUUUGACUGGCCCUUCGGUGACCUCCUCUGCAGACUCACCACGCUUCUCUUCUUUGCAAACACAUAUGCAGGCAUCGGCUUCAUGACCUGCAUCAGCCUGGACAGGUACCUCGCCAUGGUGCAUCCUCACCGCCUGCAGUGCUUACGCAGCACGAAAGUUGUCCGCAGGGUCUGCUGCCUGGUCUGGUUUCUGGUAUCCCUGGAGGUCUCCCCGCUGUUAUUCCGCAGCAUGCUGCACGUGAGGGGCGACAAGCGGACCUGCAUGGAGUACUUUAACUUCGAGGGCUCUCGUCACACCCCUUACCUCUUACUCCUGGCGUGCUUCAUCUCGUUUUGCUGCCCGCUCACGGUCAUAAUGGCGUGCUACUCUAGGAUCAAUCUGAAACUGCGGGAUGCGGCCAAGAAGAACUCUAUGACGGGGCGAACGAGCCGAAACCACAGGGCCAACACCAUCAUCCUCCUCAUCCUCCUCACGUUUGUCCUCUGCUUCAGCCCGUACCACCUCAACAUAAUGCAGUUCAUGUUCAGAAAGAUCAGCCAUCAGCCGACUUGUGAGGAACUCACAGCCUUUAAGAUGUCCUUGCAGAUCACGGUCUCGUUAAUGAACAUCAACUGCUGCCUGGAUCCCGUCAUCUACUUCUUUGCCAUAAAGACGUACAAGAAGCGAGUGAUGAGCCUGUUUAAGGACUAUCUGUAUACUUCCGCCGCCUCCUCCAAAGUGACAGCCGAGAAUAGCAGCAGCAACACCUGAGCCAAACCACAGAGAGAAACCGAGCUUAAGGGGUUAUAAAAAGACCCGCUUUCUCUCACCUGAUGAAGCUGUUUCUGCAAAUGACUUUGGUGGCGGACUUUAUGUUCAGGGUCAGCAUUAAUGGUCUCAGUUUAGCUGCAUUACAUAUUGCCUUUCCAAUAAUGCUAUGGAUUUUUGGUACAGUCGACCAUGUGAUAAGUAUAUUGUCUCAACUCCAGUUGUUUAUAUAUAUAUAUAUAUAUA